AUGGGCUCCGCUGGACAGAACGGCGCUGAUGGCGGCGGGGGCGGUAUACGCGUUGCCAUUGAUCGCGGUGGAACCUUCACCGACUGCGUGGGCAACCCGGGCAGUGGCAAGAUGGAAGACGACGUAAUCAUCAAGCUCCUCUCCGUCGACCCCGAAAACUACGACGAUGCACCGCUAGAAGGCAUCAGGCGGCUGUUGUCGAAGUUCGAAGGCAAGGAAAUCCCCAGAGGCGAGCCGCUCGACACCACCAAAAUCGAAAGCAUCCGCAUGGGUACCACCGUCGCCACCAACGCCUUGCUGGAAAGGAAAGGCGAAGAUAUUGCCAUGGUCGUGACUAAGGGCUUCAAAGAUUGUCUGGAGAUUGGAAAUCAAAGCCGGCCCAACAUCUUCGAUUUGGCUAUUCGGAAACCGGAGGUGUUGUAUAAGAAGGUCGUCGAGAUAGACGAGCGCGUGACUCUUGAAGACUAUGCCGAGGACCCGGAGAGAAACGAGACCAAGGCCAAACCUCUGGAUGAAGCUGGCUCGAAUGCGGAGCUUGUCAAAGGUCUGAGCGGAGAGGCAGUCAGGGUCCUCCAAAGGCCAGAUGAGAAGCGCAUCAAGCAGCAGCUUCAAGAAGUCUAUGACUCUGGACUGAGAAGUAUUGCAGUCUGCCUGAUGCACGGCUAUACGUACCCUCACCAUGAGGCGCUGGUCGGAAAGCUGGCGAAAGAGGUCGGCUUCGAGCACAUCAGCUUGUCUCAUGAACUGAUGCCCAUGAUCAAGCUGGUGCCUCGUGCCACUUCCGCCUGUGCCGACGCAUACCUGACACCUGCCAUUCGGAAAUACAUCGACGGCUUCCAAGCUGGUUUCGAAGGCGGACUCGGAACGGCAAGCGUGAAGCAUGAGAAGGGCUCUAAGGGCACUCGAUGCGAGUUCAUGCAGUCGGAUGGUGGCCUGGUGGACGUUGACAUCUUCUCCGGCUUGAGAGCCAUUCUUUCCGGCCCAGCUGGAGGAGUGGUGGGCUAUGCGUUGACAUCUUAUGAUCCCGAGACGAAGACACCGGUGAUAGGCUUCGACAUGGGCGGAACGAGCACCGAUGUCAGCCGCUACGGCGAGGGCCGGUAUGAGCAUGUCUUCGAGACUACCACUGCCGGUGUCACCAUUCAAAGUCCACAGCUCGACAUCAAUACCGUUGCUGCUGGCGGAGGCUCAAGGCUGUUCUGGCGCAACGGCCUGUUUGUCGUUGGGCCCGAAAGUGCGGGUGCUCAUCCUGGUCCGGCGUGCUACAGGAAAGACGGCCCACUCACCAUCACUGAUGCCAAUCUAUAUCUCGGUCGCCUCCUGCCGGACUUCUUCCCCAAGAUCUUCGGAAAGAAUGAAGACGAAGGCCUCGACCCUAGUGCGAGCGAGAAGUUGUUCAAAGAGCUUGCCGACCAGAUCAACAAGGACAACGCCGCAUCGAACAAGGAGAUGAGUAUCGAUGAAGUGGCGUAUGGCUUCAUCAAGAUUGCAAACGAAACCAUGACAAGGCCUAUCAGGUCCUUGACAGAGGCGAGAGGACACGACACUUCGAAGCAUCGACUGGCGACCUUUGGAGGUGCGGGCGGCCAGCAUGCCGUUGCGAUCGCUGAAGCGCUUGGCAUCACCCAGAUCCUCGUCCAUCGAUACUCAUCGGUCUUAUCGGCGUACGGAAUGGCGCUCGCCGAUGUUGUUGACGAGCGACAGGAACCCGAGUCCAAGGUCUGGUCUGACAAGGGCGAUGUUCGCAAAACUCUCCAACAAAAGAUGGACGAGCUCAAGAAAAAGUCGACUUCCACCUUGAAGGAUCAGGGCUUUGACGACGAUCACAUCCACUUCGAGGAGUAUCUCAAUAUGCGUUACCGUGGGACGGAAUCGGCGUUGAUGAUCAUCAAACCAACGGCCGAGCAGGCGAAGGAAGAGUUCGAAGACGAUGAUUGGGCUUUUGGUCGAGCCUUUGUCAAGCAGCACGAGCAAGAGUUCGGCUUCACUUUGCCCGACCGCGAUAUAAUUAUAGACGAUGUCCGCGCGAGAGGGAUCGGCAAGACAUUCGAGGGCCAGGAAAAGACUGUCGAUCAGCAGCUCAAAGACAUCAAACCAAAUGAUUUGAAGAAGGGCGACAAGGUCUACGACACCAAAUCGGUCUACUUUGAGGGCGGGAGGAAGGACACGGCGGUGUAUAAGCUGGAAGACCUGGACGUUGGCGAUCGGAUCCAAGGCCCUGCCAUUAUCGCUGAUGGUACGCAGACAAUCGUCGUCACACCAGAGGCUUCUGCACUGUUGAUUCGCACGCAUGUGGUUAUCAAUAUCGGAGAGUCGGAUGCGAUGGACAAGAAGGUGGACACGAAAGAGGUCGACCCAAUCAUGCUGUCUAUCUUUGCGCAUAGAUUCAUGGCCAUUGCUGAGCAGAUGGGCCGAGCACUGCAGAAGACCAGUGUCAGCACCAACGUUAAAGAGCGACUGGACUACUCCUGCGCCAUGUUCGAUGCAGAUGGCGGUCUUGUCGCCAACGCGCCUCAUCUGCCAGUGCAUCUCGGCAGUAUGUCGACGUGCGUGAAGAAGCAGGCGGAGAUCUGGAAGGGCAAGCUGAAGAAAGGCGAUGUCUUGGUCUCCAACCACCCCAUGUUCGGAGGCACGCAUUUGCCCGAUAUCACCGUCAUCACACCCGCCUUCAGCGGUGACAAUAUCGUCUUCUACGUCGCCUCGAGAGCACAUCACGCUGACAUCGGCGGCAUCCUCCCCGGCUCCAUGCCUCCGCACUCUCGCGAGCUGUACCAAGAAGGCGCGCACAUUAAGAGCGAGAAGCUUGUGUCAGAAGGCAACUUCAACGAAGAACGCAUCAUCGAGCUCCUCCACAAAGAACCCGCGCAAUACCCCGGCUGCAGCGGCACGCGCUGUCUCGCCGACAACCUCAACGACCUCAAAGCCCAAGUCGCCGCCAACCACAAGGGCAUCAACCUCAUCAGCACCCUCAUCGAAGACUACGGCGAAAAAGUCGUGCAAUUCUACAUGCACAACAUCCAGGACAACGCGGAGCUGAGCGUGCGCAACCUGCUCAAAAGCGUCAGCAAGCGCUUCGAGGGCAAAGACCUCUCCGCCAUUGACUACAUGGACGACGGCAGCCCCAUCCAACUCAAAGUCACCAUCGACGCGGACAAGGGCGAAGCCGUCUUCGACUUCACCGGCACCGGCCCCGAAGUCUACGGCAACACCAACGCCCCGGAAGCCGUCACGUACAGCGCCAUCAUCUACUGCCUCCGCUGCCUCGUGAACGAAGACAUCCCGCUCAACCAAGGCUGCUUGAAACCGAUCAACGUCCGCAUCCCCAAAAAAUCCUUCCUCUCGCCCUCCGGCACCGCCGCCGUCGUAGGCGGCAACGUCCUCACCUCCCAGCGCGUCACGGACGUCGUGCUCAAAGCCUUCCAAGCGUGCGCCGCCAGCCAAGGCGACACGAACAACCUCACCUUCGGCUUCGGCGGGAACGUCGAAGGCGAAAAGGCCGUCAAGGGCUUCGGGUAUUACGAGACGAUCGCAGGCGGCUCCGGCGCCGGACCGCAUUGGGACGGGACGAACGGAGUGCACACGCACAUGACCAAUACGCGCAUCACGGACGCGGAGGUUUUCGAGCGCCGGUACCCCGUUAUUCUCCGCGAGUUUGCCCUUCGGCCUGGAAGCCAUGGCAAGGGGCAGCAUAAGGGUGGCGAUGGCGUGGUGCGCGAUAUCGAGUUCCGCAUUCCGGUGCAGGUGAGCAUUUUGAGUGAGCGGCGGGUGUAUCAUCCGUACGGGAUGGCGGGCGGAGAGGACGCAUCGACUGGUUUGAAUUUGUGGGUGCGCAAAGUGUCGAAAGUGAGGGGGAGUGAUCAAGAGGACCAAGAAAGUCGAGAUGCGACUACGAGCGUCGACCGCGAGGAGAAGUUGACGAACGGCGAGGAGAAGCAGCAUCAGGAGGGGACUGAAGACGAGGAAAACGAGGUGCGGUAUAUCAACAUGGGCGCCAAGAAUACGGCGAGCAUGAAACCCGGGGAGAGGAUUAUUGUCAUGACGCCCGGAGGCGGAGGCUGGGGUCCUGUGGGCAAAGACAGCGAGACGAAGGAGAAGGAGGAUCCGAAGAAGAACUGGAAGGGUGGGAGUGUGGCGAGUAGACAGGCGGAGGCGGAGGCUUCUGCUUGA